AUGGCGUCAAACGAAGACAUGAACCUCUACUCGUACUAUGUACCCAACAAAAUCGUCGCGAUUGUUUUCGCUGCGAUUUUCAUUGUUUUGACAGCGCUCCACAUGUGGAGGAUCAUCGCGACACGGCAAUGGUUCGGCAUCGCCAUCAUCAUUGGAGGACUAUUCGAGAUUGUGGGAUUAGCUGCGCGGGCCUAUGGACACUCACAUCUCAACCAGCUUGGCCCGUUCAUCGUUCAAUAUGUUCUGGUCCUCCUGGCGCCAAUUCUGUAUACGGCUGCUGUCUACAUGUUCCUCGGUCGUCUGAUCCGCGUAUCUGGGCAUCCUAAGCUUUCGUUUAUCCGCAUCAACUGGAUUACCAAGAUCUUCGUCGUCGGCGAUAUUCUCUGCUUCUUGGUUCAAGCUUUCGGUGGUGUCAGUCUUGCCAAUCUCGCGAACUCCAAAGCAAGCGAUACGGCCCACAAAGUCGACAUUGCGAAGAAUGUCAUCUUGGCCGGUCUCGCGUUGCAGGUGAUCUUCUUCUUGAUCUUUACGCUUUGCUCGGUCAUUUUCCAUGUGCGGGUCUCCAAACGCGGCAUUGCAGAGACUGUCGAUCCGACUCUGCACAUCAAUAUCAUGCUGCUAUCCAUCUAUGUGACCGCAUUCCUCAUCACCGGUCGGAAUGUCUAUCGUCUUGUUGAAUACAAGAGCGGGACAAGCGGAUACCUCCAGGAACAUGAGUGGCCGACCUAUGGCUUGGACGUUGGCUUGAUGGCACUUUUCAUGGUCAUCACCUUCUUCUGGUACCUUGCAGACACCAAGGCUCGUGUUCACGGGGCUGCUACCGGGAAUGGAAAGUACGGUCGCGUCUACGACAAAGACCACGAAGGCGCGUGGUCUGGCAACGUUCACGACGAUCAGUUCCCUCUGGCUCAGGCCAAUACCAACGAGGAAAACUACCCUGCAGUUUCAGCCAACGUCCACGAGAGGUUUUACCCUCCCGCUCAGACCAACGCUUACGAGAGCGGUUAUGGGAAUCCCCAGAGCCAUCUUGAUGAUAGUUAUGCCGGCCGUGGCUACGGCAACACCUAUAACAGUUCUUAUGGCCGUGUCCACGGGGAAGUCUGA